ACCACAGCAGCGCCGGGUAGCUCCUUGAACGAGCCAAUCACAGGGGGGCUUUCAGGCAUUUAAACCGUGUGGCGUCAUUUUCGCUAAAUUCAAACUUCGCAGGCAGAGGAGAGAGAAAGGCCAGUGUUCUCCACGUUUUCUGGAAGAGGUCGUGUGGAAACGUGGGCUAAGAUGGCGCAGUUUGGGUUCGAGAAUGACAUCCACAGCAUCCUGAAGCUGGACAUGCCCAUCACGAACGCCCCCAUGGCCAGGUGGCAGAGAAAGGCCAGCUCGUCGAACACGUCCGCCCUGAGCGGCUUGUCACCCGGGAAAUCUGCUAACGUGUCGCUGAGCUCGUCGAAAACGCCGAGCAAAACACCAGGAAAAAGUAAAAAACAGACGCCGUCCAAGAUGGGGGGCGACCGCUUCAUUCCCACGAGAAACAGUAACCAGAUGGAUGUGGCGAGUUUCCUGCUCUCAAAGGAGAAUGAGCCCAUGGACACUAACAAUGCAGCAGGAACAUCAGAAAGCCAGAAAGCCUGGUCAAUGUCACUGAAUGGAUACAACAUCGACGACGCGAAGAUCCUGCACCUGGGGGGGAAACCACUGAACGCACCCGAGGGCUAUCAAAACAACUUGAAAGUCCUCUACAGCCAGGUUGCGACUCCCGCCUCAGUCAAAAAGACGCGAUACAUAUCUUCAACACCUGACAGAAUCUUGGACGCGCCUGAGCUCCGAAACGACUUCUAUUUAAAUCUGCUCGACUGGAGCAGUCGAAAUGUUCUUGCUGUGGCUCUUCACAACAAUGUUUACCUGUGGGAUGCCACUCAAGGAGACAUCACCCUCCUCAUGAUGUUGGAGCGUGAGGAGGACUACAUCUGCUCAUUGUCCUGGACCAAAGAGGGAAGCUACCUGGCUAUUGGCACCAGUGAUUGCAAAGUUCAGUUGUGGGAUGUUGAAAACCAGAAGCGUCUACGCACCAUGGCCAGCCACACAGCCAGAGUUGGUAGCCUGAGCUGGAAUGACCAUGUUCUUUCCAGUGGCUCCAGAUCAGGGCACAUUCACCAUCAUGAUGUGAGGGUGGCAGACCAUCACAUCAGCACGCUCAGUGGUCACUCGCAGGAGGUGUGUGGGCUGAAGUGGUCCCCCGAUGGGCGAUACCUGGCUAGCGGAGGAAAUGACAACUUGGUGUGUGUGUGGCCCCGUGCGCAGGAGGGCAGCGUCAGCAACGACAGCCAGUGUCUCCUCCGCUGUAGUGAACAUCAAGGAGCUGUUAAGGCCUUGGCCUGGUGUCCAUGGCAGCCAAAUAUCCUUGCAUCCGGGGGUGGUACCAGUGAUCGUCACAUCCGUAUCUGGAAUGUAAACAGUGGCUCCUGCAUCAGUUCACUUGACACUCAGUCUCAGAUUUCAUCAAUGGUAUUUGCACCCAACUAUAAGGAGCUGGUCUCUGCCCAUGGAUAUGCCCACAACAAUGUUGCUAUCUGGAAGUAUCCGUCUCUCACCAGAGUCGCAGAGCUCAAUGGCCAUGAGGACAGAGUUCUCAGUUUGACUCUGAGCCCAGACUGCUCUACUGUUGCGACUGUUGCUGGUGAUGAAACUAUUCGUAUGUGGAAGAGCUUCGAAAUGGAUCCUGUUAAGAAGAAGGCCAAAGACAGGCUGGUCAAAUCAACCAGCAGUGUCAUUCAUCAGUCAAUCAGAUGAUUUCCUUGACUUACCCGACUUUGGCUGGGGUUGUUGGUUUUUUUGGGGGGGUCUGUGCUGAAUGAUUUGGUGCAAAUGUUUUAUUUAAUCCACAAUAAAGAUUUCCACCCAGUGUUUUAGCCAUAUAUGGCAUCUUGCUGUACCUGUUUACACAGGUCUGCUGUAAUGUGGUAAAGUACAAGUGUUGGCUUUCAGGCUGUACUGUUCUAGAGAUUUAUUAACAGCCUUCAGUUAGCCUUAUAUCUUAAUCAUGAUGCAUUGUAUACAAUGAACUGGGUUAUGAAUAAAUGUUGUUUACUUUA